AGAUUUAAAAAUUGAAGUAACUCUAAAGCUAAAAGAGAGAUGAGAAGCUAAUGUGCUCCUCCUACAUUAUUUCAGCAACUUGUGUGAUUGAGGAAGUGUCAGUUACUUAUAACAGGAAGUCGAUCUAUUUUUAUUUUCAGCACUUCAGUUUAGACACUCUGAAUGUUACAUUGCUGAGAACACGGAACAAAAAGACUGAUGAUGUCUCCGUUCAAAUGGAUUAAAACGUCUUUAUUUCUGCUGCUGCUGCUUCAGUUUGCAGCGGUUGGUGGAGAGUAUUUUUCCAUCAUUGUCAGAGGCGGAGAUGAGGUGACUUUGCCGAGUGUAAACGUGAAGCAGCAUCAGGAUAAAUGUGACCGUACUAACUGGUUCAUUAACCGUUUUGGAAAUCCAGUCGAUCUGGUUACAGAUGGGAAGAUUAAAGAAGAGGCCACAACAGCAUCAGACAAACUGAGGGUGACAGAGAACUGUUCUCUGGUCAUAAAGAACGUCUCAGAGCAGGAUGUUGGUCCUUACCACUGUCUAUCAGGACAUGAGACCCAGUACCUUCUGUCUAUGAUUAACAUGAACAAACAGGACGAUGGUGAGCAAGUGAAGCUGUCCUGCUUGGUGUCGACACACACUCUCUACAUGUGUCAACACACAGUGACUUGGACGUAUGAGGGUGAAAAAGGGGAAGAUGAUAUAGCAUAUGCAGAUAUGCAAACAACACAGUAUCAAUGCUCGGUCAUGGUGACAUUUCCUGCUUCUAAGUCAAAGCAUCUUGAGUUGUUUAAGUGUAAAGUAGAAGAUGGCUACAACAAAAAAGAGCUUCUGUUUCCCUUCAUCCCUCCUCAGGCCUCAGAUUUGGACGCGACAACAGCAAAAACAUCGACGACAAGAAUAACUGACAGCAGCACAAAAUCAAGGAGCAGCUCCACAGUCCCUGCUGUCAGUUUUACUUCUACAAAACUUAAAGGCUGGUGGCCGUACAUCUUGGCAGCUGUAGGUUUGGCGGCACUUUUAACAAUAAUCAUCGUGGCUGUGAUCGGAUGGAAGAGAACUAAAGGCAACAGAACGCAGCUGGAUGACAACACUGGGCAGAGUUUAAACCCUGCAGUGAAUCAGCCCGGUGCAGAGACCAGCCAGGACACGGCUGAUCCUGAAGACGGUGUUGCCUACGCCUCCGUCAGCUACAAAAAGAAGAGCAACAGUAGAGCCCAGGUGCAGGUUAGAAACGAUGAUGAUGAUGAUGAAGGUGAUUCAGUGACCUACAGCACUGUGAAAGCUUCUUCUGCUUCUGUUGGAGCUUCUGCUGCUCCCAGCGACCUCUACGCCUCCGUUAGAAAAGGCAAAAAAUAA